AUGGCUUCUGAUUCUCCAUUACCUCGCCUUUGGGUGCAGUAUGAGACAAAUGAGGGCAUUCCUUACUAUUACAACCAACUCACACGGCGUACGCAGUGGGAGAGACCUACACAAGAUGCUGCUGCCGAUAUCCCUGCAGCAGCAGCUGCUGCUGCCGCUGGUGCUGAAUAUAGCGGCGGGAGCGUACAGGAGGCAGCCGCGUUGGGAGCGCCUGUCUUCUCCAGCGUGACACUCGGCAGCAGCAACAGCAGCAGCAAGCCGCAGCAACAGGGCUUGACUUUGUCCCUUAGCGAUUCCCCUGGCUUUGCAGCAGCAGCACCUUCCUAUGGCAGCAGCAACAGCAGCAGCAGCACUGCAGCCGGCUUGAGCGAGGAGUUUGCUGUUGGCCAGCUCGAUACAGCAGCAAAAGGAAACACUAUGUGGGGACACCAGCAGCAAACUGCUGCAGCGACUGGACAGCAGCAGCAGCGUCAGCAGCAGUGGAGCUGCUUUCCUCUUGCUGCUGCCCAACAGUUGUUUGAUGUCGAUGCGCCACAAGUUAUGAUGCGUCUGCAUGCGGUGCUGCCUAUACACCUGAAGGGUAUCGGCAGCAACGACAGCACCAGCAGCGAAAAGGCUAGUCUGCUGCAGCAGCCUGACUUGUAUGGCCCAGUGUGGGUUGCGGCAACAGUUGCUAUUUUAAUUUAUAUCUCAGCUUCUCUUCCGCUGCUGCUGCUGCCUCCCAAGGGUGCAGCUGCAGAUGACCCCACAGCAGCAGCAGCUGCUGCAGCGGAAGCAGCAGCCGGCCUGAAACUGCUGACAUUUGCAGGUGCUGCAGCGUAUUCUGCUGUUGCUGCACCUCCUGCGUGCUGCUGGCUGCUACAGCUGCUGCAGCGUUACCGUAGCGCCAGCAGAGACACUCCACUGCCACAGCAGCAGCAGCAGCAGCAGCACGAGGACAUCAGCCUUGUGCAGCUCCUGUGUCUUCAAGGAUAUGCAGCAGCACCUGCUGCUCCCGUUGUGGUGCUGCUGUCUCUGACGCAGCUGCUGCCAAGCGCUGCUGCGACCAGCAUUCGCUGGCUUUCUGCUGGUGUGGCUGCUGCCGCUGCUGCUCGCUUUCUUCGACAGCAACUGCAGCAGCUGCAGCUUGCACCGCACAAGAAAAGGUUACUGUUGCUGCUGCUGCUUCUAGGACAGGUCGCUCUUCUUAUGGUUGUUGUUUUUUCUGCCCCUCAAUACCCCCAGUUGCUGCAGCAACAGCAACAACAGCACCAGCCAGAAGCAACUGCGGCUCCCAUAAUGCCGCAACUUCCCGAGCAGCAACACCUACAGCAGGAGCAGCAGCACGACCCAGCUGCAGCAGAAGAUGCUCUACUGAGCAGCACCCAAGCCAGCACUGUUGCGGACAGCAUGGGGCAACCGCAGCAGCAACAACAAAGCGUUAAUAGUGCGGAUGCAGCAACAAACACAGCAGGCGCAUCUCCCGCUGCAGGAGCAGCGGCACAUGGAGAUCCAGCAUUAGACGCAGAAGCAGCAGCAGCAGCAGCGCCUUACGCGGCUAUUAACAACCCUUCGGGGGCCCCUCCACCAUAG